AUGUCCAGCAGCAGCAUCCAGCAAUUCCUUCCCCGCUCCUGUUCGUUGGCCGCUUUGGUCUUCCUGGUGGUGAUGGUCGUGUUGGCCGUUUGCGUCACUACCACCAAAGCCGAUGGCGGAGACGUCAUGAGCGGAGGUGAAGGCGGAGAAAUGACGGCCAUGGCUGAUGCCAUCAAAUAUCUUCAAGGAUUGGACAAAGUCUAUGGUCAAGCCGCCCGGCCCAGUAUCAGGGGCGGUAAGAUUGUCCAGUUACUGCAGCUGAAGCAACUCGACCGGCGCUACGACAACUCACUCGUUCGUCCCAGAUUCGGCAAGCGAGGACGUCUGCCAUACUUUGACAUGGAAGACCUUCCCCUACACCCACAACACGCUUAUUAAGUCGCCGGGGCAGGAUCGACCCGAAUAAGCCAAGCCGAUGACAAAUGAUUAUUUCUCCACUCCAUUUCCGGCUUGGGAGAAUGGACAAGGCGCGAAUUGCUUUGCUGACUUGCAAAAUCCUGAGGAAAAGAAGAAAAGAAAGAAAAUAUUUAAUUUGUAGUUUUGAUUUGUGUUGUGAAAAUUAUUUCUGUCCGUUUCCUUCCAAUUAUUGAUUAUAUUAUUUUAAGCGGUAUUAUCUUAAACUCUACUAUAUUUGAAAUUAUUCGUGGAAAACGGAAUAACCAAACGUUUCGUAUUCUGCAUUGUCGUCGACCUAUUUAUUUCCUGGCGAUUUUACUGAUGAAUGUGUCACUCGACUUUUGAUUGCUUCAUGUAUAACCAUUUCAAUCUUUCGUCUUAUUUCUGCUGUAUGAGUCUUUUACGUAGAUAUUGACUAAAAUACCUAGUGUGCAACAUACACGCCUCGUUCCAGCA